AUGCCAUCUCUCAGGUGUGUAAGCCGUGUGGAGUGCGCAUAUCAGAGACAAGCUUGCAAGCAGCAGCAUGCUUCUCAAUCCUACGACUGCAACAAGGUCAAGUUCGACAAAUCUGGGCAGAAUGGAGAUGUGUGCGAAGCGACCCAGCUUCAAGCGGACUGCGAAGCCGCAGAAGCUGUUUGGCAUCGGGCUACAGCUACGAAUCCAUCUGUGUCGACUCCGCUGUUGCACUUCCUCCGUGCACUCAACAUCACUCAACCACCACGACUUUUUCCACAGAGCCUGUAUAGGGAGAGGGGCUCAUCUUCCUGCGUGCACUUUGCCUUUGAAGCAGCCAACCAUGACAUGUCGAACGUCUGCUACAACCCGCAUACGCUCUCGCAACGUCGCGACUGGCGUACAGCCGCCCAGGCAACUAUGGAUGUGCAAACGGCCGAGACAAGACUGCUGCCUCGAGUCCCACUUGUCCCUAGUGUGCCUUCUUGGUUGUGUUUCGGAUGGCUCGUGCCGGCUUUGCAGGUGGCUCGGCUCAGCUUUGGAAUGAAAGGAUCAGCGCUGGACAGUCCUCACAGGCCACAGUUAGGCGAGGCCAUGACGAGCAGGGCGCUGGCAUCAUGGAACAUGUCUCACUGA